GUUAUACCACAUAAUAAUAAUAAGUACUACGUAGUUAUACAUACACGACGACCUAAUAAAGGCGCGUUAAAAAAACUCGAAUAAAUGGAGUUCCUUUGUGAGUUUCAUACUUCCUCGGUAAACACGGAACCUUUUUGUCGUUGGAACGUCUUAAAAUGUAUAGUAAUCCAGUGACGACACAAGUUGCUUGCUUUCAGAUUACAAACUAACCUAAGAGUAGUUUGCACAAUUGCUACUCGUAGAGCAUAAAGCUAAUUAAUAAUACGUGCCCCUAGUUUGUUCACCAAACAUGAUUAAGUAGUGUAGCGAACGAUCAAUGUUAGUAGUUGGCAAACAAAGCCACCAGUGGCCACGCUCGCGCCCGCUCAGUCUAACGAGGGGACUCGCAAAAAUGCGUCAGCUGUAUUGCCGCCCAAAAUUCAGUUUCCUCUUUCAGUGUUUUACAAAAUGUUUAACGAAACAAGCUUCUUUUACGACAUGGAAAUAAACGAAUGGGUUGAGCUACUCGCCAGGGAUGUGAAGGAGCGGCCGGAGUGGGUGCGCCUCACGUUUGUGGCGCUGAUGCUGGCUGUGUUCGCGGCCGGGCUGGUCGGCAACCUGCUCACGUGCGCCGUCAUCUACUGCGACAAGACCAUGCACACCGCCACCAACUAUUACCUCUUCAACUUGGCGAUAUCCGACCUUAUACUCGCCUUCGCGAUAUUGUUAGAGCUGAGAUUUUAUACCACGGUGGCAGCAGAUCACAGUUUUGAGUAUGAAUAUAUCGAAAACUUGAUAUGUAUAAUACAAAUGGUUAUAACAGUAGCUCUGAUGAAUAAUGGCAUACUGAACCUAACUGUGCUGGCCAUUGAGCGGUACAUAGCGAUCUGGCAUCCUUUGUUAUUGAACAGAAGACCUAUUUGGCGUAGGGUGACGAAGGUCAUCGCAUGCAUUUGGAUCGUUGCCAUUUUGGAGGCUCUACCUGAAAUUUGGACACUAGCUUUCAUUAAAACUAAUACGUUGGCUAUAUGUAUUAUGGUGCCGACAGCGUUUGCUAGGAUCUUGAACGGGGUCCUCGCUUUGGUGACGUUCGUGAUUCCCCUGGGCAUCAUGGUGUUCGUGUACUCGAUGAUCGCGUUCAAAGUGAAUGUCACGCCGAGGAAAAAUUCAAGGGACAAAAUAUUCAACCAACGGGAUAACAGGAGCAGAGUUCAUAAGCUCGUUGCAGCGGUGACCGUGUCGUUUCUGGUGUGCUGGGUGCCCUUCUUCGCUCUGAGGCUCGUCAUCUUUGCGUACAACAUGCAUUACCCUUCAUGGUUUUCUCAGAAUUGGGACUUAUUUAUGAUGGUAAUUUCAUUCAACAGCUGGUUUAGCAUAGUGCUCAACCCUAUACUUUGCAGCUUAAUGUCAACUAAGUUUAGAAAAGCUCUUAAGGUAAUAUGGGCGACAAAAAUAAGAAAGACCCGCGAAGUGACCCUGCGCACGCGCGCGACUGUGUGAACGGAAUGCAAAUGUACUUAUUUUAAUAAAAGUUUUAGUGCAAAGCGUAUUGCUGAGGCAAUUAACUAACUACUUAUAAGUUAAUAUUGUAAGAUUACCAGACUCUACAUAUACAAUUUUAUAUUGAUUGUUUUAAACCCUAUCUUAAUUUAUGAUGCCUUGUCAACGUUUGUGUCAACGUUCUCAACUUUUUGUAAGGAUUACUAGUUUUACAGUAUCAUUAUACAUGUAGGUACUUAGCUGGUAGGUGCUACCUUUUACUCUGUCUUCUAUUGUUCUUUUUGUAUUUUUUAAAUUAAAAAGGUAACUUGACCUAAGAAUAAGUAGGUACAUGAAUUUGAAUACCAAUCAAAAUCGUGAUGUAACUCGAAUGUGUUCAUAUUUUUAAGAACCUUAAUUAAAUUGUAGUGUUAAAUUGAAAUUAUUCUGUUGUAAUAGAAACUGUAUCAGCUUGGUAAACACGGGAAUUAGUUUUAUUGCAACGCCGUAAAAAAUUAAACCCGUGUCAUCGUCGUUUGCUUUCAGAUUACACUCUAUUUUGGUUAGCACAAAGGAUACCUAUAGCAUUAAGCUACGUGUCACUAGUUUGUUCACCAAACAUGAUUAGUUUAGCGUAUAAAUGUUAGAAGUGGACAAACACAGUCGCCUACAUACACAAGAAAACGCUCGCUCCAGCUCAGUUACGUGAAGGUGCUCGCUGAAAAUGAGUCAGUCUGACUGCAACCAAAGAACACAGAGCCCUUUUCAGUGCCGUUGCCCAAACUUGUAAACAUGUCCAACGAGACCAGUUACUUUUACGACUUCGAUAUAAACGAGUGGGCGGAACUACUCGCGAAAACCGUAAAGGAACGACCGGAGUGGGUGCGCCUGAUGUUCAUGGCGCUGAUGCUGACGGUGUUCGCCGUCGGGCUGGUCGGCAACCUGCUGACGUGCGCAGUCAUCUACUGCGACAAAAGCAUGCACACCGCCACCAACUAUUACCUCUUCAACCUGGGAAUAUCUGACUUUAUACUCGCUUUUGGUAUAUUGUUAGAACUGAGAUCCUACAGAAAGGCUAAAAUAGACACUGUAGCAGAUUACGUUUAUGUGUAUAGUGAAGUGGGGGACUUGAUAUGUAAGCUACAUUCAUUUAUAACGUUAGCCCUGAUGAAUAAUGGCAUACUGAACCUAACUGUGCUGGCCAUUGAGCGGUACAUAGCGAUCUGGCAUCCCUUGUUACUGAACAGGAAACCUAUCUGGCGCAGGGUGAUGAAGGUUAUCGCAUGUAUUUGGAUUCUUGCCAUUUUGGAGGCUCUGCCCGAGAUAUGGACAAUAGCUUUGAUUAAAACGAACAAACUGGCGAUCUGCUUCAUCGUGCCGACGACUUUUGCCAGGAUCUUGAACGGGGUCCUCGCUUUGGUGACGUUCGUGAUUCCCCUGGGCAUCAUGGUGUUCGUGUACUCCAUGAUCGCGUUCAAAGUGAACGUCACGCCGAGGAAAAAUUCAAGGGAUAAGAUUUUCAACCAACGUAAUAACAGGAGUAGAGUUCAUAAAUUGAUUGCAGCGCUGACCGUGUCCUUCCUGGUGUGCUGGCUGCCCUACUUCACGCUGCGCCUGCUCAUCUUCGCUUCCAACAUGAGGCAUACUCCGUGGUACGCUCAGAACUGGGACGUGCUGCUGAUGGUGACGUCGUUCAACAGCUGGUUCAGCAUCGUUCUCAACCCCAUGCUCUGCAGCUUGAUGUCUACCAAGUUCAGAAGAUCCCUACAGGUAUUAUGGACAACAAAAAUAAGAAGGGCUCGCGCUAAAACGCCUAAAGUAGUAACUGUAUGGACUGUAUAAUGCCUACGUACUUACCUAGUACCUACUUAUACUAGUUGAUAAAUCGCAUGUAACACCAAUGUCGAUUGGCUCUCUCUGGAAAUAGUAACAAUCAAACGUUACUUUUCACCGGGUUUUAAAAAGUUAAAUUACAUACUUAGUAGGUAGAGUACCUAAUCUUUAGUAGGACCUUAGAUCUCCGACUCCAAUAAGUAAGUACUGACAAAAACAGACUGGAAAUGGAUAGCUUUUAAUUUCUAUACGUUAUUAAAUUUU